GGCAAGAAGAUGAUGUGGUUCCAAGACAAUUUCCAGAAAGUUGCUGGGAUGGACAAAUCUAACAGGAAGGUGCUGCUGCUGGUCUGGAUGUUGCUGCUGUCACAGCUGUGUUGUGAUGCUCACAGCAUGUCAGAGUGCUGCAGACAACCCUCCCCCUCCUGUCGCCUCCACGUGCUGCUGUGUCGCUCCGGCAGUAAGGCCUUUGGGGGAGCGCUCACAGGUGACGCUGCCGCCGGAAUCCUCACUCUGGGUAAACGGAAAGAGGACGUGGACCGCUUGCAGAACCGACUCACCCACCUCCUCCAUGUGUCUAGGAACCCAGCAGCGGGGAUCCUGACGAUGGGGAAGAGGACUGAAGAGAGGUCUGCAGAGUACGCAGACUGGGUGGCUCAGUCAGGAAUCAGCAUUACAAUGCCUGAACUAAGCUAA